AUGCAGGAACAUCGAGAUGGCCUCAAAGGCGUUGGUAUCCGGACGGUUUUCCACCUGCAAAUCAUUACCACGCCUACUUCGGAUACGCCUGGCACCAGUGUUAUACUUCACUUCGACUCGAAGAGAUAUAUGUUUGGGGAGAUCGCCGAGGGCACGCAAAGAGCAUGCAUACAACGUGGUAUUGGUCUCCGCAAAGUUCGUGGGCUGUUUCUUGCGGGCAAGACGAAGUGGAACAAUGGCGGACUAAUUGGGCUUAUUCUGAGUCUGGCUGAUAUCCAGCAGGGAGAAAUUGAGAGCGAAGCCUCCAACAAGCGUCCGAGACUUCAUAUCCAUGCGGGUCCCAUGCAAAUGCAUUCGUUGGCUUGCGCCCGACGGUUCGUCUUCCGGACGGGUAUGCCUCUGUCGGUCCACGAGGUUGAUGCCCAACAGAGCCGCUUUGACGCAAACACUGGCCCGAUCCACGAAGAUGAAAACAUUCGGGUAUGGGCGCUUUGCGUCCAGCCUGAGCCUGAGAACAGCACCGCAUUAACCUCCACCACUGCUUCUGGACACAACUCGGAAGGCAGCACGGUUGACGUUUCGCAACUCGCACGAGACCAAACGCUGCGGAAGGAUGUGGUGAACAAUAUGUUUGACUCGGAGUGGAGGCGAGACCAGCUUUUUCAAUCCAAACUCAAAGAUGUUAAGCUGCCUGCAAUGGUGUGGGUAAGGAAUCCAGAAACGAAGAAGCUGGUCUCCUACACCUGCUUUGAUCCAAACAACACCGCUCCGUUGACGCCGGACACCGAGGUUCUGGUUCGAAACCCUUGGCCCGCUUCAACAGUCGAACAGCUCCCACCAGCAUCCGGCCUUUCAGAAGGCGUGUCGAUGUCGUACGUUGUCAAGGGGCAUGCACAGCGAGGAUCAUUCGACAUUGAGAAGGCCAAGAGCCUGGGCUUGAAACCUGGCCCGAUCUUCAAGAAGCUUGUUGCAGGCCUAUCUGUACAGACAGAGGAAGGACAGACGAUCACACCGGAGAUGGUCAUAUCACCAACACGUCCAGGGAGAGGCUUUGCUAUCUUUGACCUGCCAUCAGUCGACUAUAUACCGAGCCUCCAGCGACAAUUAGACAGCCGAGGAGAUCAACUAAUGGAAGGCUUGCAGGCCGCGAUCUGGGUGACUCGAGGAGGUGUCCUGUAUGAUGCACGAUUCCAAGCGCUACUCCAGAAACACAAAGGGAUCAAACACAUCAUCUCUGACCCUGAUCUUUGUCACGACUAUAUCGUCCACGACUCGAACGCGCUGUCAUCCCUUCGCUUGUCAAAGAUUGCUUCGGAAUUCUUUUCAGUCCCCCGAUCCGAUAAUCUACAUGGCUAUUGUCCCCAAGACCCGCAAAAGAUGCAAGAUUUCCUACGGGUGUUGGAGACGAAGGAGCACGGCUUGGAUAUCAUGCCUGCCAACCGAGGCAUGAAAGUGCACCUUGAGCCAAACUUCCUUGUCGACAAUAGUGAAGUCCCCAACGACCAAGAACUGAAUGCCCAGAACGUGUCUUUGGAACCGACAGUACAGGAAUUGUUACCAUCGGACAUGUCACCAUAUCACCGAUCCGACAAGGCAACAAUAUCACCGUUAGCACUGUCCGAACCCGAGAUAAUCACUCUAGGCACCGGAUCCGCGGCCCCUUCGAAAUACCGCAACGUGUCUGCCGUCCUCCUGCGCAUGCCUGACGGAAUGGGAAAUUAUCUAUUUGACUGCGGAGAAGGCACACUAGGCCAGCUGAGACGAGUAUACACAGCCGAGCAGCUGGACCAGAUAUUGUACGAUCUGAAGGGGAUAUGGAUCUCACAUCUUCACGCAGACCACCAUCUGGGGACAGUAGCCGUCCUCGAGGCUACGUAUGAAACCUGCCGGAGACUCUCGGAGCAAGGCAGACCACGCCCGUCUCCUCCAUGCCUGAUAUCCGAAGUCAACAUGAUCGAUUAUCUGGACGAGUACCAGUCCGUUACACGCAUUCCCACCGAGUCGCUGUGCACCCCCAUAGCCUGUCAUUGGCAUGAAGGGAUGUCGUUGCGUGGGAAGCCAUUCGAUUUCAGCCAGACCGACAUUCCCAUCAAGGAGCUUCGAACUGUCAAAGUGAAUCACUGUCAUGGAGCGCAAGCGGUCUCCGUCACGUUCCAGAACGGCUUCAAGUUCUCGUACAGCGGCGACUGCAGACCGAACGAGCGGUUCUGCGACAUCGGGGAGGACUCUGACGUUCUAGUGCACGAAGCAACGUUCGAUGAUGGCAUGGACGGCGACGCCAUGGCAAAGAAGCACUGUACGACCGGGGAGGCCGUCGGCGUGGCUUUGAGAAUGAAAGCCAAGAAUCUGAUCCUGACGCACUUCAGCCAACGGUACCAGAAAAUCCCGGUCUUAAGCAGUGUCAAGAUGCCCGAACACGUCCCGGAAGAGGACUUGGUGGACGAUGUCGACGCAGAAGUCACGACCGCGCCCGUCACGGCCGAGAUGCAAGUCGAUGUUAACCAACAGCCUACGAGUAUGUCUACGUCUGCACCUCCCGCCGGUCCGUCGACUUCGGCGUGGGUCGAACCCGACUCGGCUCGUGACCUGAACAUCGGCAUCGCCUUCGACCUGAUGCGCGUCAAAGUCUCGCAGAUCAAGACGAUGAAACCGCUCUUCCCGGCCAUCUCCAAGAUGUUCGAGCUCGAGGAGGAGAAGCGGGAGAAGCAACGGUUGGCGAUCGCCGCCGCGCUGAAGGAAGAGGUCGAUCGCAAAAAGACCGAAAAGGCCAAGGCGCAGCAGGCCAAGAAAGAGAAGGCCAAUAAUGGCCCGCCGAAGCAGAAGGGCAACAAUGAGGAAAACUCGAAGAAGAACAAUAAAAAGAAUAAACGGAAGUUGGAGCAGCAGGAACAACAACAGCAGCAGUCGACGACGGAGACGACGACGACGUCUGCCCUAGCCCCUCAAGCCGGUGAGCUGCCAAACGGCGAUCAGCACGCAGAUGAAGAGGACAGUGUGAAUGCUAAGCGUGUUCAGCCUCGGACCGAUGAAGACGGCAGCAAAGGCAGUAGUGCUGGCCAAGAGACGACGACGACAACGCCGACAGCGACAAUGACUAUCGUUCCGGCUAGAGACAACUCGGCUGCGAACGGCAAUGGUACCAUGAACUUGCCUGAGUCGACAGCUACAACUACCACCGAUACGGUGCAGGAAACGGCCGUGGAAGUGGAAGUGGAACAGGGCAGUCCCAAGAAGAGGUGUAAGACCACCCAUGACUAG